AUGCAGGAACCAGAGGUGCAAAUCGAAAGGGUUAAUGUGGCAUUUAAAGAACCCGUGCACAAAAUCUUGGAGCGAAUCAAGAACGAGUCAUUCUUCAGGUGGCCAAACAAAAUGGGGGGCGACCCGUCCCAGAAGAACCAAAACCUAUACUGCACCUAUCACAGAGACAAAGGACACACCGCCGAGCAGUGUCGGGUAUUAAAAGAUCAUCUCGGGCAGCUAGUAAAGGCAGGGUACCUGAAAGAGUUUGUGGUAGACUCCACUGAUCGAGAAGCCGGUCAGGGCGUCCAACAGAGAAGGAACCCCCUCCCACCUCCACUGGGGGUAAUCGAAGUCAUCCAUGCUGCACCAAGAGGAACGACAACAGCAAAAAUGGUAUUAACAGUUGCUUGCACGGGAGGAGAUUCAACCGAGAAGAAGAAAAAGGUUGAACGGCUGACCAUCUCGUUCGGAGAAGACGAUUUGGAAGGAACGGUCCAACCUCAUGACGAUGCUUUGGUGGUGACGGCCAGGAUAAGCGGGUUCCUGGUGAAGAGGGUAAUGAUCGACCAAGGAAGCGGGGCUGACAUCAUGUACUCGGAUCUCUUCGAAGGUCUCGGAUUGAAGACCCAGGAUUUGGCGAAGUAUGACACGCCACUGGUUUUAUUUGACAGGAGAGUCGUAAUUCCCGAGGGACAAAUCUCUCUCCCGGUGGACAUGGAAGGCAAGGGAGUUAUAGCUACCUUCAUAGUAGUCAAAUCAUUCUCACCGUAUACCGCAAUCCUGGGGAGGCCGUGGAUUCACGCCAUGAAGGCUAUUCCGUCCACCCUUCACGUGAAAGUUAAAUUUCCCACUGAGUAUGGAGUUGCCGAGGUAAGGGGGAACCAACAAGUGGCGAGGCGGUGUCUUGUCGUCACGGUCAGAUGGAAAAAUGUGCAGCUCGGACAAGCUGAACAGGCCGAGAAAGAAACUUCAUAG